CUGACUGCUGUGAUAUUUGAUACCAUGUCGGCCACCGUAGAAGACGAUAAACAUCCAGGAUUACGUUGGGAGUGCCCGGUGGUUUUCUACAUCAUUUGUAAACUAGAAAGAUUGAUAAUCAUCAAUUCCGACGACUUUGAUAGAGGCAUCCUAGCCCAAUAGAGGAAAGAUGAGGCUGAAAGAGAUCCAGAGGACCGCUCAUCCAGCAUGGAGCCCUGCCCCCCACCACCCUAUCUGCCUGGCUUUAGGCACGUCAGCUCAGCAGCUGGAUGCGUCAUUCAACACCACUGCCGCCUUGGAAAUAUUCCAGGUGGAUUUUGCCGAUCCUUCCCUGGGCAUGAAGCUCAAGGGGUCCCUACCUACUUCUAACAGGCUCCAUAGUCUGGUGUGGGUAAACUUUGGAGCAGGAGAAGACGGUUUGGGAGGGAGACUGAUUGGAGGCAGUGAUAAUGGCACGGUAACGGUGUAUAGCCCAGAAGCCAUCGUAACAUCAGGGGCAGAGGCAAUAAUAGGACAGUCUGACAAACACACUGGGCCUGUCAGAGCACUAGACUUCAACCCCUUUCAGAGUAAUCUGUUGGCGUCAGGUGCAAACGAUUCAGAGAUCUACAUCUGGGAUUUGAACAAUUUCAGCAAUCCAAUGACACCCGGUACGAAGUCACAGCUUUGUGAGCCUCCUGAAGAUAUCAGUGUAGUGUCGUGGAACAGACAGGUGCAACACAUCCUGGCCUCUGCAAACCCCAGUGGGAAAGCAGUGGUCUGGGACCUGAGGAAGAAUGAGCCCAUCAUCAAGAUUAGUGACCACAGCAACAGGAUGCACUGUUCAGGGAUGCUCUGGCACCCUGAGGUGGCCACCCAGUUGGUCCUGGCCUCAGAAGAUGACCGCAUGCCAGUCAUUCAGAUGUGGGACCUGCGCUUUGCCACGUCCCCUCUCAAAGUUCUGGAGAACCACACAAGGGGACUUCUGUCCAUAGCGUGGAGCCAAGCAGACCCAGAGCUGUUGCUCAGUAGUGCUAAAGACAACAGGAUCCUCUGCUGGAACCCAAACACUGGAGAGGUGAUCUAUGAAUUACCAACGACCAAUCAGUGGUGCUUUGACAUUCAGUGGUGUCCCAGGAACCCAGCGCUGCUGUCGGCGGCCUCGUUUGACGGCUGGAUCAGUGUGUACAGCGUGAUGGGAGGAAGCCUGGAGGCCCAGCAGCAGAGCAGGGCUGAUCAGAUCUCCUCGUCCUUUGACACUAUGGAUCCGUUUGGGACAGGCCAGGUGCUGCCCCCUCUGCAAGUUCCCCAACCCACCCCUCAGACCACCCUCGUCGCUCCGCUGAAGAAGCCCCCCAAGUGGGUUCGUAGGCCCGUAGGAGCCUCAUUCGCUUUUGGUGGGAAGCUGAUCACCUUUGAGAGUCCUAAGGCUCCAGUCCAGAGCCCACAGCCCGUCCCUGUCCCCAGGCAGGUGUUUGUGAGCCAGGUCACCACGGAAACAGAGCUCCUUCAACGUUCCAGAGAGCUGCAGGCUGCUCUGCAAUCUGGAUCCUUGUCAGACUACUGCCAGGCCAAGAUCCACAAGGCCCCCACAGACUCUGAACAGGACAUAUGGAGGUUUCUCCUGGUCAACUUUGAAGAUGAAGCCCGGGUCAAAUUCCUGAGACUUUUGGGUUUCAGCAAAGAGGAUUUAGAGAGGAAGAUAUCCACCUGCUUGGGGAAGAACCUGCAGCCUAACGGACACGGAGUGGAUGCCAACGAUCUGGCUGAGAAGAUACAGCUGCUCUCUACUCAGAGGUCAGAAGAAUCCGGGGAUGAGGUUGACUCCACCAAGACUCCGGGUUCAUCCUCGCCCUCUGACUUUUUCAGUCAGAUCCCACCACAACCACAAGACAAGGAGAAGAAGAUCAGCUUCCCGAUCCCUGUCUCAGCAGAUGCAGAUGGUCUGAUCAGCCAGGCUCUGCUGGUGGGAAACUUUGAGGGAGCGGUGGAUCUGUGUCUGAACGAGGGGCGCUACGCUGAGGCCAUCCUGCUGGCGAUCAGUGGAGGACAGGAGCUACUGCAGAAGACCCAGCAGACAUACCUGGACGAGCAGAGGAACAGCAUCUCUAUGCUGAUCUCAUCCGUGGUGACCCAGAACUGGGGAGACAUCGUGCAGAGCUGUGCCUUGGAGAACUGGAAGGAGGCUCUCGCUGCUCUCCUAACCUACGCUCACCCCAAAGAGUUUGCUCAUCUGUGUGAGACCCUGGGGUCGCGUCUGGAGGGGGAGAGGACAGAGAAACGCUGUCUGCAGGCAUGUCUCUGUUACAUUUGCUCUGGGAACAUUGAGAAACUAGUGGAAUGCUGGGCCCUGCAGAGGGACUGCUCAUCUCCCCUGGUUUUAGAGGACUUGGUAGAGAAGAUGAUGGUUCUGCGUAAGUCUGUGGAGCGUCUGAGGAACAGCGAGGUGGCUGUACAGAGUCCUAUCCUGGCUGACAAGCUGACUCACUACGCUGGUCUCCUAGCUUCACAAGGCAGCCUGGCUACAGCCCUGUCCUACCUGCCAGACACCUCAGACCAGGCUUGCAUCAUGAUGAUGAGAGACCGGCUGUUCCACGCCCAGGGAGAGGGAGGAGCUGCAGGGGGGCAACAGCCCCCACCGUUCCCUUACAACAGAGUCAGGGUGACUGGCGGCGACCCUGCCCCUGCUCAGGCCCCUGCUGCCCCCGUCCAAGCACAACCACCAACACAGACACCGGGGCCCUACCAGCCUCCUCUUCCUGUGAUGUCAGUGGGUGGCCAGCCUCCUCCUCCUGUGAUGUCAGUGGUUGGCCAGCCUCCUAUGACGACAGUCUUCACUCCUCAAGCUGCUGCUCUCUCCAGAGGGCCACCUCCUCCUUCCUAUGGCGGUCUGCCACCCUCCUCCCCUGCUCCUCCACCUAGUGGGCUGCCACGUACAGGACUACGGCCAGCCUACCCUCAACAUCCUGCCACUGCCCCAGGGUUCUCUCCACUCCAGCCAUUCCAGCCACAACAGCAUCCCAUGUCUGCAGGACUAGGUGGCCCCGGCCUCUCUGCCUUCCCUCCAGGACCUGCUAUGCCAGGCUCCAGCCUAUCUGGACCCCCCCUGCCUCCGUUCUCUGCCCCUGGCGGCCUCCCCACCAUGCCCAGCCCAGGGCCACCUCCGUCAGGCUUCACCCCCACCUCGCUCCCUUCAGGCCCCAUGCCACCCAGCUACCAGCAGCCUGGGGCCCCUGUCGGCAUGUACCCACCAGGGGGGUCUCACCUCCACAGCCAGGGCCCACCUGCAGGUCCCCCUUCUGGGCCGUACCCACCCCUGGGACCUGGGUACCCACAAGGAGGUCCUGGAGCCCCGGCCGUCAAGUCCUUCUCUGCUCCGUCGGUUGCUCCUCCUCCUACAGGGUACUUCCCUUGGCUGAGUACUCCCCUUGUUGACGAUGAUGAAGGACAAGAUGGCUGGAAUGACCCACCAGCAGUACGAGGGGGUUCUAGGAAGAAAAAGGUUGUCCCAGACAACUACACCCCUCCGGCUCCCAUCACCGCCCCUGUUAUGGGGGGUUUCCCCAUGGAGGGCCAUCAUCAUCAGCCCCAAGGACAGCAGGGCCACGACCCCAGCCACACGCAGCAGUUCCCCCCAGGGGCCCCUCAGGAGCCCAACGUACAGCUCCUCCAGGCGCUGCCGGCUGAGAGGGUGGAGCAGAGAGAGAUCCCUACAGAGCACAUGGUCCUCAAGCAGACCUUCGACAGCCUGGUUCAACGCUGCCAGCUAGCCGCACAAGACCCACAAACAAAAAGGAAACUUGAGGAUGCAUCGAAACGCCUUGGGUACCUGUAUGACAAGCUGAGAGAGCAAACGCUGUCUAACAACAUCCUGGGGGGUUUACAUGAGAUCAGCCGCUGUGUGGCGGGCCAGAACUACCAGCGUGGCCUAGAGGUCCACACUGCUGUGGUCACCAGCAGCAACUUCAGCGAGAUCCAAGCCUUCAUGCCCAUCCUCAAAGUGGUCAUGACCAUCGCCAACAAGCUGGGCGUCUGACCACUGAUCCCACACCAAGGCAGGCUUCUAGAAUAAACCUGAUUUCCUAUAAUGCUCUACUUUUGACCAGACCCUAUGGGCUCUUUACGGGCCCCGUGGGCCCUAUGAUUUAUGAGGGCCCCGAGGGGUCUAUGAGGGGCCCCCGAGGGCUCUUGUCAAAAGUAGUGCUCUAUAUAGGGAGUAGAGUGCCAUUUGGAACACUCAAAAACACACCAAGAUAAAAACAGCCUUCAGUGUUAUCAUAUGGAUGGAUCACAAUGUUAUAGAUUACAUAUUUAUUUCUUUUUCAGCUGUUGAAAUGUGCUUUGAUAAAGAGAACAUGAUUGCAGAUGUGUGGUUUUCGCUUGACUAAAGCCGACUCAUUGAAAAGGUUUCAGACUUGGCUGAUGACGAGAGGUUCUCUCUGAGAAGACGAGUCACUGUGGUGGUUAUCAACAGCAAAACACCCAAUAGUAUUAAAGAAGUUGAGUCCUUUUAGCUUUUCGAUGGGAAGAUACCGGAUGUUAAAUAUUAAAGAGGUGGGGGUUACUGGUGUGGGAGGAUUGUAAGAUAGUUGAGGAUUUUAAUGUCAUAUGUUUGAGAGUGGAGAAAGAUACGCAAAUGUCUCUGAACAAUGUGGGCUUGGAUUCUCUGGCUGUCAGUAGUUCUUAACAUGGUAACACAUCCAACUAAGGGAAGACUUUGGAGAGCGAGGUUGUUUUUGUCCACCUUCCUACCUCAUCUUUCCUUAACAAACCACACAACGUCCAGCUGAUUUUUACAAUAGUUAGGAAGAGUGAAUGAGUUAUAUACACUUUUGUAAUGCAUACUGUACCACAGCGCUGAAAUUGUUACUUUUUUCACUGACAGACCAGUGUGUUCUAGAGACCAGUGUGUUCUAGAGACCAGUGUGUUCUAGAGACCAGUGUGUUCUAGAGACCAGUGUGUUCUAGAGACCAGUGUGUUCUAGAGACCAGUGUGUUCUAGAGACCAGUGUGUUCUAGAGACCAGUGUGUUCUAGAGACCAGUGUGUUCUAGAGACCAGUGUGCUCUAGAGACCAGUGUGCUCUAGAGACCAGUGUGCUCUAGAGACCAGUGUGCUCUAGAGACCAGUGUGCUUUAGAGACCAGUGUGCCAUCUCUUACUUUGUUUUACAUUUUCAGGCCAAAGCACUGCAACGACUAGCUCUGAUCCAGGGUGUUAUGUGCAGCUUGUUGACUCAGAGCUGUGUCAGAGCCUGCACAUUACACCCUGGUCCAGAGCUAUGCAACAACAGAAUGUCAUUGGAUGAUUCUUGUGGAGUUGCUGGAUGUUUUUAUAGUCAGUCCGCGUUAGUCACUAUAGAGCGGCCCGCUGCUGUCAGCUAGCUUGUGUGAUUGAGAUACUGUAUGAGAACUGUGUGUGUCCUGGUUGUUGGCUUCGCCCCCUGUUUAUAGUGUGCUGGCUUCUGUUGUGUAUAAACUGUAAUGAGCACACCAAUGUAAACAGCUUCGACGUGGUUACACUUGACAUUUCAUGCUGAUUGAAGAACGUGGCAGUUAUCGACUGAAAUAUGAAUUAUGGCAAAGAAACCCAUGAAUAAAUCUCUUGAAAUAUUUUUGUGAAUUGUAAGUGGUGCGUAAGCUACACUCCCCCUAUUUUUUUGUUGUCAAGGUUGACGAUUUCCCUGUUUAAUAAUUAAUUCAUAUUUCCCCAUUUUUAAUCAUGAAUUAGUAAUUCCCUGUGUUUAAGGAAUUAGACACUUCUUAUGUGACUUGUUGCAUCCUAUAUUUAGUUUCUAAUUGUGCGUAGCCAUAGAAACGACCUUCCCACGCCACCUUGUUCUUUUUCAGGAGGGGGGGGGGGGGGGGGGGGGUUGUGCACACCAAAGCUAAUCCAUUCUAGUGUUUUGUUCUCAUUGGGAGUGGUCUAUGCUUACGUAUGUACUUAAUAUUAGUCAAGAUCUAAUGUGCUAAAUCAAAUGUUUGAGAGCUGGAGCAGUGGAAAUGUGUUCUCUAGAGUGAUGAAUCACGCUUCACCAUCUGGCAGUCCGACAAACGCAUCUGAGUUUGGCGGAUGCCAGGAGUACGCUACCUGUCCUACUGCAUAGUGCCAACUGUAAAGUUUGGUGGAGGAGGUAUAAUAGUCUGGGGCUGUUUUUCAUGGUUCGGGCAAGGCCCCUUAGUUCCAGUGAAGGGAAAUCUUAAUGCUACAGCAUACAAUGACAUUCUAGACAAUUCUGUGCUUCCAACUUUGUGGCAACAGUUUGGGGAAGGCCCUUUCCUGUUUCAGCAUGAUAACAAAGCCCCUAUGCAUAAAGCGAGGUCCAUACAGAAAUCGUUUGUCGAGAUCGGUGUGGAGGAACUUGAUUGGCCUGCACAGAGCCCUGACCUCAACUCCAUCAAACACCUUUGAGAAAAAUUGGAACGCCGACUGGGUGCCAGGCCUAUUCGCCCAACAUCAGUGUCAGACCUCACUAAUGCUUUUGUGGCUGAAUGGAAGCAUGUCCCCGUAUUAAUAUUCCAACAUCUAGUGGAAAGCCUUCCCAGACGAGUGGAGGCUGUUAUAGCAGCAAAGGAGGGACCUACUCCAUAUUAAUGCCCAUUAUUUUGGAAUGAGAUGUUCAACAAGCGAGUGUCCACAUACUUUUGGUCAUGUAAUUUACUAUCUGAUGUGCUAUGUUACACCCUGUUGUGUAUUGGUUUAGUUCUGUACUAUAGGUUGGUUGAAGAGAUGUCAGUCAGUUAAACAGGUUGGCCAGAGAGAGCAAACAGAGAACAUCAUGUGGCAACAGAAGGCAUUGAAGUACCUCACCCAGUGCUCAUUAUUUGUUGCACAAAUCCAUUGAUGCUUACAUUGCCAUCCUUUGCUGUAUAUAUUUUUGUUUUGAAAUAAAUAAAUAAUUCAGACUUGUA